GUGGGGUAGCAAAAAUGGGUUAAAUGUACUAAGAAAAGUGCAUUUAGAAUUGUGGUCCAUGUGGUAGAUUUAUAAAAUUUUAAGUAUUUUUUUUCUGUGAGUAUUUCUUAACAUUUUUGAUGUUUUAAUUUGUUCUCAUCCUUUUUUUUUCUUUUUUUUUUCCCUACUCAGCUCUUGCCCCUGUUCUUUGCCUCUGGUUUUGUUGGUGAGGAUAUCACAGUGAUGUCUGCAUUCAACCUGCUGCAUUUGGUGACAAAGAGCCAGCCAGUGGCCCUGCGAGCCUGUGGGCUUCCCUCAGUUUUCCAUUAUGGGUAUCACCAGAGAUGUACUACUACAGAUGUCUGUUCACAUGGUCCAAAAGAAAAUAAAAGGUCAUGUAGGGAUAAAAAGGACUGUAAGGUGGUCUUUUCCCAGGAGGAGCUGAGGAAGCGGCUGACACCCCUGCAGUACCAUGUCACUCAGGAGAAGGGGACUGAAAGUGCCUUUGAGGGGGAGUACACACACCAUAAAGCUCAAGGAAUAUACAAAUGUGUUGUUUGUGGAACUCCUUUAUUCAAGUCAGAAACUAAGUUUGACUCAAAUUCAGGUUGGCCUUCCUUUUAUGAUGUGAUCAGUCCUGAUGCAAUUGCUUUCAAUGAUGAUUUUUCCUAUGGGAUGCAUCGGAUUGAAAUAUCCUGCAGUCAGUGUGGUGCUCACCUGGGGCAUAUUUUUGAUGAUGGACCUCGCCCAACUGGCAAACGGUACUGCACAAACUCUGCUUCUUUGUCUUUCAAGCCAACAGACAAGAACAACGCUGGAGAAGGCAGCAGUAAUGCCAGUCCUGCCCAAACAGGCAAAGCUGAGCUGUAG